AUGCUCACCCGCCAGUCUUCCCAGCAAGAUGACCUCGACGACCUCACUCCGAUCGAGCAGGACAUCAAAUACUACGUGGAUUUCACUCCCUUCUACAAGCCCGGCUACGCCAUCCAGAUCCCCUUGUUCCAUCGCCAGCUCGUCCUGGAAUGUCCCCCCAAAGGCAGCCUUCCCUUCUGCGACCCGCUCUGCAUGCGCAGUCUGCUCGGCUGCCUCUCGCUCACACACAUCCAAGAGGUGGUUUCCACGCUUCUCCGCGACGGCCAGGUUCUCCUCCACAGCCGAAACGUGGAAACGUGGAACCCCAAAUACCAGCUAACAUUGUGUUCGACUGCGUUGCUGUCGCUCUUGGCGCCGAUUCAAUACACUCUGACGUUCAUUCCGCUGCUUCCCGCGCAGCUCAUCGACUACAUUCAAGUUUCUUUUCUCUAUCCGCUCCAUUCCAAGGCUCCCACGCCCUACCUCAUCGGGAUCUACUCUCCGACGCUCGCGAAGCACGCCUUCGACGCCGAUGCCCCCGUUCUUCUCGUCCAUCUCGACUUCGACAAGCUCACUUUCCCUACUUCCGCGGUUAUCCGACCCCUCCCUAUCCCCCGAAACGCCCUCCUCACCGCCACCAAGCCUCUCCGCUAUUCGGUGCUCUGGGCGGACCGUCCCGAUUCCAAAGUGGCCACUUCCUGUCUGUUUUCGGUGCAUUUGGGCCCCGGGCCGCUCGGCGCUUUCCUCCAACCCGAGCGCCGGCAGCUCGUCUACGUCCCGGUGGGCACUCCCGCGGUAAUCGAGGACGUCGUGGUGCUGAACAGCGCGAAAAGCCGCGAAUUGCAGGGCUGGAUCGGGUCCAAUAUCGACAAAUGUCCCCUAUUGCAAGCCGAUCCGGUCAUUCUCGAAGUCAACGGUGCGCAUGGCGGCUCGCGCUAA